CAGUGUCUCUCUCUCUCUCUCCCUCCAUCAGUCCAUCUGUAAAUCAGUCUCACCGUUCAUCUCUCUCUCUCUCUGUUCAUCAGUCAGUCUGUCUGUCUGUCGUUGUCUUCAGAAAGACCGACACUCUUGGAGCCUCUAAGGAGCCCACAGUCAUCUGAAAACGACAGACCACCAACUACAGACCCCUCCCAGAGGCUGGCAGACGACGGCACAUAUCAGAUGGCCACCUGGUGGUUGAGGUGGGGUACUGCUGCUGUGAUGGUGGGCAGCAUCCUGGCCUCCCUUGUAACCUCUGUUGCCAUGGAGCCCAGCUGUAACGCAAACCUUGGUUACCCCGGAAUACCUGGGAUACCAGGAGCUCACGGAGCCAACGGUAAAGACGGACCAAAGGGAGAGAAGGGAGACCCAGGUGAGUCUGGUCUGCGAGGGAAGGGUCUGAAGGGGGAGCCAGGUGAAUCAGGUCCUCCAGGACGGUCAGGUCUUCAAGGGAACCCCGGUCGGCUUGGACCCAAAGGACCCCCUGGCCCCCCUGGGGAGAAAGGUAGUCCCUCUGGGGUCGACUCCUCCCUCACCUCCUUCUUCUCCUGCAAGAGGAACACAAUUCAGCAGCCUCCUAAGAACUUGCCCAUUCGUUUCGACGGACCAAUACUGUCGGGCCUUGACCCUAGCCUGGAAGGUGUAUCGCUGAAGGACGGGUUGUUUAAGUGUACCAUUAGUGGCGUGUACUUCUUUACCUAUCAUCUGUCGGCUAAGAGCCUGAUCUGUGUUAACCUGAAGAAGGGGACAGAGACCAAGGUGGGGUUCUGUGAUUCGUCGAGUGGAUUCCUGGUGACGUCUGGGUCGGUGGUGCUGGAUCUGUUGGAGGGAGACGUGGUGUCUCUACAGCCCACCGAUAACAACGCUAUCAUCACUAAAGACGAACGAGCUGACAACACUUUCACCGGCUUCCUGAUCUUGCCCAAAUCAUAGAACCACAUGAAAUCACACAGAGCCACACAGAACCACAUUGAAUGAGCUCAAACCAGAUUCAACCAGAUCUAAUCUCGGUUACCCAGAAGUAACAUUUUUGCGAAAGUUUGUCACUUCCUGUUUUACUUCAAUUUUGAACAAUCCUGAUUCUAUCAAAUAAUCAAUGAUGAAAACCCCAAACCAGGAACUACCGCAGAUCGUAAUCCCAUAAUUAUACGUGAGCCUUGACAGAUUGUUUCCAAUUACACACAGAAUUUGUCCACGAGAGAUUAAACCAGAUCACACCUGCUGAAACCAGCUUCCCGCUCUUCCACACCACAUAAAAUACAUAUCAUAGCCACAUCAUUCUGUUCUAGAAGCAUCUGCAGAACAACCAACCAUCUCUGUGUCUGUUUCUGCCUCCCUGUCUAUACUGCUGCUGCUUGCUGAGACAGUUCAUCAAUCAAUCAAUCAAUUCAUUUCCCCAGGUCGUUGGUUGUAAAUGAGAACGUAUUCUCAGUUAACUCACCUGGUGAAAUGAAGAAUACAUUUCAAAUAAAUCAAAUAAUCAGUCAUGUAUUGCAUCUGCUGAGCUGCCUACCAAAACUCAAAGAUACCAUUUUGGAAAUGAGUUUGCCAUCAAUAAAGUGAUUUGUUACCAGUU